ACGCUCGUAUUCGCCUUUCGCCACCCGCAAGGCCGCAGCGGCACCAGGACCGGGUGCAGUAGCAGCACUGCAGCAGGCUAGCAGCACCUUGGCUGUCCAAGGAACUACACGGAGCUCCGGGCCGGGCUCCACCCACGGUCGCCCGACCCAAACCGAACCAUGUCCGGGCCCCGCGCAUUGGGUCCACCACCGUCAGCCGCACGGGACCGUCACUGUCAACCCGGCCAGGCGCCAACGCCGCAACGGAGACGGAACCCCGGGGCCCACCACUCCGCCCCGCCUUUCUGCCGCUACCUGCCUGCUAGCCUGCCGCCCGCUACUAAACGCUACGGCUGCCGCUUUCCUCUCUCUCCUCUUCGGGCGAUCGCCAUCGCCGCCGCCGCCGCCGCCGCCCACAGCCCACUCCUGGCUCCACCACAGCCGCCGCCGCGACCGCAGCCGAAAGUGGCGGGGCGGUGCCCCCCCAAAACUCCCGACCCCCACUUCUCUAGGCUCUGGCCUCCCUGUCCGUCCCUCCGGUGCUUGUAGACUAGUAUCCGGACGCGCGGAUACGCGCGCACGUUUCGCGCAUACACCACUGCUCUGCUGGCUUUGACCUCGGGGCCGAUCCCUUGCUGCUCUUAUUGACUCGGUUUCGCCUCCGUUGCUCUGCCUACCCCUGGUUGCUGUCAUCGCCACAGGGUCUCGGUUCACUGCCGUUGUCCACUUCUUCUUCUCCUGCCGCUGCUCCUUGGAGUUUUCCGCAGGCCUCGCUCUCAGCUGCUGGGCUACUGCUUAGUUUCUUCAAAGGUUUGUGUUGGAGGAUAAGAGGGUUACAUGCAAUGGCCCUUGUGGCAAAACAAGCUCCUCUGUGUUUCAAGAAAGUUUUGAGGUUAUCCAUUAGAAAAGGCUAUAGAUUUGUUUCAGAACACCCUAUCCUUUUCGGUUUUGGUGUUUUGCUCUAUCUAUUCUACAGAUCUUCACCAAGGCUCUUUGUGUUCCUGCUUUCUUCUUCACCUGUAAUUAUAUGCACUGCUCUUCUUCUUGGAAUCCUACUGAGUUAUGGAGAAGUUAAUCUUCAUGAGGCCAGUAAAGAUCAUAGGGACACUCCAGAAGUUUCAACUUCCAUGGCUGGAAAUUCGUCCAGUGAUGUCCACUUUGAAGCAAAUCAGAGACCUUCUGUACUUGAAUUUAGGGAGAAUGCAUCAAACUUCAAAGAGAGGGAAACCAAACAGAAAGUUUCCUUCAGAGAGAGGGCUAGCGAGCAUGUUGACCUUGAUGAUUAUAUCCCUCUUCUGAAGAGAGCUGGUGAAGAAGAUGAGAGAGGUGAUCGGGGUAACAUAUCUAGAACACUUACACCAUUUCCUUCUAUGGUCAAUCUUCGCCAAGAGUCUGUGAUAGGGGAGGACUUGACCUUCACCAAGAAAAGGCAAUCGGAAGGUUCUUUUUUCAUGCAGGAUAGGGCCGACUGUCAGACUAGCCUAUUUGAUGAGGCCUGUCGGAGUGGUCUCAAUGACAAAGAUAUACCUUUUGGUUUGUUUUCUUCUAGUGAGAAUGUUAAUAAGAAUGCUGAGAUGGAAGAAAAACUUAAUCAACAGAGAGUAUAUGUAGAUUCAGCAGCUAUCAAAGAGAGAGAUAUUUCUGAAGCGAUGACAACCGAAGAGCUUGCUGGAACUAGCAAACAAGCUGCUUCUGUCCCUAUUGACCAAUCGGAAAACAAUGGCAGACUUAAUGUUGAUACUAGCAAUGUUUUUGAGGACAAUUUGCUUGAUUCCUCUCUUGGCUCACCAUGGGCAAGAGUUAGCAGUCAAGAUGGUUCAUCUGGUUUUGAUUCUGAUGAAACUGAGAGUUCUCCUGAUGCUUCCAUGACUGACAUUGCUCCCGUUCUUGAUGAGAUUGAUCCACUUUUGCGUGCUGAUUCCAAUCGCCCUGAUCCUGUUCCUAAUGAUGAUUCAGACACAGAUUCUCAUGUCUCAGAGGAUCAUCAAAUUGACGAUGAUAGUAAUGAUGAGGGUGAUGACAUUGAUGCUAAAGAUAAUGUUGAGGGGGAGAAGGAAAAUGAUGGGAAGGAAGCUGCAUUUCUUUGGACUGCAGAUGAUGAAAAGAAUCUGAUGGAUCUUGGAUAUUCUGAGAUAGAAAGGAACCGCAGGUUGGAAAUUUUGAUGGCUAGACGAAGAUCGAGGAAGAACAUGACAUUUGAAAUCGAUAACAACUUGAUAGAUGUUCAUAGUGCUGGCUCUGGUAGAAGUUUAGAUGAUUUGUCACGCUUCCGUGCACAGGUACCUCCUAUUGCAGUGCCAAGGAGGAACCCUUUUGACCUUCCAUAUGAUUCUGAAGAAGCAGCAAUUCCUGGCUCAGCUCCUUCAAUACUGCAUGCACGGAAGAACCCGUUUGACCUUCCCCUUGAACAGUCAAAUGAUAGUGUUGUCGUCCAUGCACAUGAUAUUUUAAACUCUGGAGAACCUGCGACUUCUCCUCGUCGUGACAUGAUCUUCAGAAGACAUGAAAGCUUCAACUUUGGAAGGAUGGAUGUGAUCCAGGAGAAGCGUUUUUCUAGACUGAAGCCAUAUUUUGUUCCUGAAACUGUGGAAUGGAAUGCAAGCAAUUUCCAAAGACAGUUCAGUGGUAAGUCUGAGUCUAAGAUGAGCUCUGUUACUGAAUCUGAUAUUGCUUCUUCAGUUGCUGAUCAGGAGGAUCAUAAGGACCAAGAUGAAAAGGACCUUGCAGAUGUUGGAAGUGAAUGCUCAGAUGGUAUCAACUCCAUAGAUGUUGAACUAGACCACAGUGACAUCGAUGACCGUGAGAUUGCUCUACAGCACUUUGUCUUUGAAAGAGCACAAGAAAGGGAAGCACAUCUUGUUUCAACUAAAGGAAAAGGAUGUGAAGAAGAUUAUGCACCAGAAUCAACUGGGAGUUCAACGAUGCCAUUUCAUGCAGUCCCUGACCUGCUUAGCUGGGAAGAUGGAGAUGGUGACAACAGCCUUGGUGCUAAACCUUCUUUCCAACUUAACACAGAAGUUAAAUGCUCAGAAUGGGUUUCUUCUUCCAGGCCACCUGUGGAGGGCGAAUCUGAUUCUGGGGAUCUUCUAGAGUACCUUGACAUUGAAGUUGCAUCAAGCUCAAACACAGCCAUACUUGGUGCAAACAAUGCAGCUGAGAAAGGUGGAAAUGUUGAUCUCAUGUCAUAUUCAAACGACGAAAUUCCUUUAGAUAACCUGAUUCAUCGGUCUAUGGAGCUGCCUUCUGAAUUUGUCAUUGAAACAUUGCCGGUCAUAUCUAGGGACCUACACCCUAUCCCAGAGGAGAGAGUUGCUGAGAACUUCAACGUGCAAGAAAAUCAUGAAGCAGCAAUUUUUACUGAUUCAGUUGUUGCCUUGACUGGGUUGCAUGUAAUUGAGGAGCACUUUGAUGAUGGAACUGACAGAACUCUAUGCUCUGAAGUUGUUUCCUCAUAUCCUCGAGCUAAUGGUGUCACCCAAUCUCCAUCAAGUGAACAUGCAGAAAUCUUGAAUCCCUUUGUUUUGAUGGCUGCUGAACAUAAUAAGGUGGAUAUAAGCGACAUGCAUGGCGAAGCAACUGCCGGAUAUCUACUUGAUUCUGAUGAUGAGGCUGGUAAAAUCUAUCCUGAGCCUAUGGAAGGCAGUGGAAUUGAUGAAAGUUUCCUGUCUGAAUUGGAUGUGGUGGGAGACUUUGGAGUUGAACCGAUGAGACUGGACCAGCAGGUGACAGAUCAGGCUUCUCAUGGUGAUAACACUACCGAUAGUGUUACUGCAGAUUCUGUUAUUAGUCCUCAGACAUCUGACAAUGUCUCCUUGACCAUGUCGGAAGUUGGUGCUGAAGAAUCCAGGGAGCAGUCUCCAUUGGCUGAUGACCUAAAUGGCUCCGAAUUUGGCUAUUCGUUUGGAGCAUCUCAUGAUGACCCUGAGCAGACUGUCUACAAUCCUCGGAGACGGAUCCUUGAAGCAAGCCCCUAUGAAGCAAUGAUAAUGAAUGUGGAGAUGAAACUACCACAUGGUGAGUCAGAAGUGCCUGCUGAUGAUACACCAUCACCAGCGACCUUAGCAGCUGGAUCAAGUGAGCCAGAGGCCACUAUCAAUGAGUUAGCGACAACUACAGCUGAUCCUGAUAUUACUGUUCUAGAUGCAAAAUCUCUGGAGGAUAUUGAGACUGCCUUUAGGCUGGUUAGUGAUGGUGUGGUCUCUGAGGCCACCAUGGGUACUGAAACUUUGCAGAUCUCAGGUGCUGAUGCUGCAGAGCCCAAAGGGGCUGCUGGAGAGCUGCAUGUCAUUGAUGCGAAAUCUGUGGACGACAUACAUGCUGCUUUCCAGAAGCACUUUGAUGCUAUUGUCAAUAGUUCCUUGGAAGAAAAUGAAGACAAGGAUAGGCAUGUAGAGAUGGCAGAAUCCAUGAAGCCUGAUCAACUUACUGAAGCAAUACAUGCCGAAAGUCAGCACAACUUGGGAGAUGCUAGGGAGGCUUUACCAGCGGAGGAGGGUACAAGCGAUAUGAGUACUAGCGAAGCAGAGAGUCACAACAACAUUGGUGCAGCAUCCGAUAAGGUCUCCGAUAGCAGUGCCAAGAAUACUGCGCAGGCAGUGGUGUUGGAGGUUUCUAGUGAAAGAGAAGAGGAAAGUGAACAGCAGUGAAGACCAGUGGAUUGACUGCUGAAAGGAAUCAAUAGAAUUCCACCAUAUAUGAAUUUGAGACAAAAAUGCUCCCUGGUUUGAAGUUUGAAGGAGCUAUAGCAAGCAUUGAUGGAGCGCUAUUGCUGAGUUUCACGGGCUUGCCACUGUGCAUAUACUUCACACAUUCAAAACACAAAGUUCUGAAGUAGACCUUUUGUGAAUGCGUUUGCUUUUUAUUUUUGCUAUUGUUUUGAGGUUUUGGUGGGUUUGUUUUAGAUUGAUCCCCCCUCGUUUGGCUGUAAUUUGAAGAGGUAAGUUUUGCCCAGACAGUUCGGUGUGGCUGCAGGGACAUGGAACGAUCUGUUCUGCCAUGUGAAUUGAGAUUUUGUUGUAUUGUUUGAACUUUGAACUAGCGAAGCUGGCAAUAGAAGAACAAGAUAGGUGUAUUUCACCUUUGAAUGUGUCGGUGACAUUUAUUAGUGUCCUUACCGUGAAUAAACUGUUUAAUUUACAGCGA